GCAGAGGCUGGUGCAAAUUGAGUACAUUCGGGGACUGACCCCAUACUGCUUUCCCACAUGGACCAGAACUCCUCUGGCCUCCAGAGCAAGGGGACAGUAGCUCCCGACAGCACACAAAAUGAAACCCAAGACUCUCUGAAAGUGACCUCCAGCCUCCCAGAUGCCACCCAAGGUCAACAGGUCAACAUACAAGCACCUGUGCCCAUCAUCCACACUCGAGGACCCAACAUCCAGGAACCAUCAACAUCCACACCUAUGACCCGAAGGGUGAGCAUCCAGGAACCGCCAGCAUCCGUCUUUCUUCCUCGGAAGCUCAGUGUCCAGUCUUCCCCUCGAAGGCUCAGCACUCAAGAGACCCGUUCUCAGGGUUUUCAGUCCAAUACACAAGACAUACAAUCUGUUGCCUACAAUCGCUGGCUUAGUUCCAGAGAGGGCUCUGCCCUUUACCAUAAUCGCCUACUUGACAUCCUAAACUCGCAUACUCUGUGCAGUGUCCAGCCAGAAACCCACAACUUACAAACUGACAGCCACCUCUCCUUGACCCUGUCACACAACCUCAAAAGAGAAACCAGGGCCAGUGUGGACAUCCCCCCAUCUAUAACACACAGUCCAGAGGCCAGCAUCAGGAGCUUUGAGUCCUUCGUCUGGGACUCCAAGGACGAUUCGGGAGGAUUGCCACACUACUCUCUGUCCAGUCAGAGUACUCUUGGCAGUUCCUUCAAAUUGUCAAGCAAUUCUACUGCACUGGGCUCCAGCAGAAAGCAGAGCAAACGCUGGUCACUGGUGCCCAUCAGCUGGAAACUGUUGCUCGAAGCCAAGAAGAUCACCCGGUACCUUAGCCUGGUCCUGACUGUGGCCGGUAUGCUGAUGCUCAACCUCAUCGCCUUGUGGCAGCCCUGGAUCCACUUCCAAGUGCCUCUGUCGCCCACAGGGAGCACCAAUAGUUCCAAGAGCAUCCCCAUCGACACCAUCUUCUUCAUGCGCUGCCCUGACAUCUCCUGCAUGAAUGAAUAUGACAAGAAUGCUUACCUGCUGGACCUGGCCUGGGCCUGCCUUCUCAUCUCCGGUAUCAUGAGCUUCUGUGUCUGCAUGGGUCUCAUCAGCACCAUAUUCUUCCCCAGCACCAACAUGCCCUUGAUGGACUUCUCGCUCUUCAUCUGCAGCCUCAUGACAGGGGUCAGCAUCAUUCUGGGGGUCCUCUUCUACCUGAUGCAAGCCCGAAAGUUCUUACAGGAAGGCAUGACCUACAUGCUGGGGAGAAGCUUCUACCUGGCCUGGAUCAACGUCUUCUUCUUCUUCAUGAUUGGUCUCUUCUCCUAUCUGAACUACAUGAACUUCUGGUCCAUCCUGGCAGUCCAGGCCAUAUGGUCUUAG